UUAAAAUCUAUAAGCAAAAGAACGAUAAUACAAAAAAUUAAUAGUUGAUAUAAAUAAAAUAAUGUGAGCGAUUUAUGCAAAUCAUAUACACCAUACCAUAACAACGUGUGAAAACAUGUUGAAUCGAAUGCAAUUAAUAUUUCAAAGGAAAACGGCAAAUACUACAAUAGGAUAAAGUAAAGAGGGGGCAUUACAAAAAAAAAAUUUAUGAACAUCGGCAAUGUAAAGGAAACGUUCAAUUGGACCAUUCGAUGAAAUUGAAAGAUAAAAGAGAAGCGAUCUGCCAAAUUAUUAGUUCUUUCAAUAUAUAAGGCAGAAUAUUCGUUCACGAAAGAAACACUCAAGCAAACUGGUUGGUUAAAAUGUUGGGCGGCGAAAAGGCAACUUCUAGCUUAAUAGAGGAUGAGCAGCAGUCUGAGCCGCAACGAAUGCCAACGCCAACACCUUCAGUUAAUCGAGCAUCAAAAUUUUCAAAACAUACUACAAGCAGUGACAGAAAAAAAGAUCAAAAGCAAAAUAUUCCUCAUCAGCAUUCGAAAAAAUAUAGCCGAGCAAAUAAGAAUGGGAAUAUCUUUUCCCAACAUCUGAGGAAAGCAUCAGAAAUAGAUUCAACAAUGACGAAUUAUCAUUUUGGCGAUAUUGUUGAGGGAGAAGAAAAAUGUGUGAGUCGUUUGAUUAAGCUAAUAUUUUCAACACCCGGUUUGGUGACAAUGGUCAUAAUAUAUUCCAUAAUGGGCGCUACGAUAUUUCCAUUGAUAGAAAUAUCGGAAAAUGUCAGCAAAGCAGCUUUAAUAGCAAAAAGCCGCGAGGAAUGCUUGAAAGAGCUCUGGACGAUAACGGAGAAAUUAAAUGUUUUAUACGAAAGCAAUUGGACCUUGCUGGUACAUGAACAAUUAAGACGAUUCGAGGGCACUAUAGUAGCGGCAACACGUCUGGGCGCAGCCAAUUUACUCUUAUCAGCUGAAAUAUCAGAAAAUUCGUUAAGUCAGUUUGAUUCAUUGUUCGUCGCUGUUGGCAAUGGAGACCCAAUGGCUUGGUCCUUCAGUGAAGCUCUUCUGUAUUCAAUAACAGUGAUAACAACAAUCGGACACGCCAGUCUGACACCACGUACAGCUGGAGGAAAAGUUGCAACCAUAUUGUAUGCUUUAAUUGGCGUGCCAUUGAUGCUGAUGUGUCUCUCCAGCUUAGGAACUUUGUUGGCUGGUAUUUUACAUCAUACGUAUAUUCGCUUGUAUUGCAAUAGGCGCCAAUUCCAUGAUGCCACACCUGAAAGAGUCAUGAUGGGUAGACAAAACAAGUGCUUAAAGGUCGAGAGCGAUUUGAAUGAUGAGGGAAUUGACCUGAUCAAGCAAGAAUUUGUCCACUGCGAUGAUGCUCGGGACGAUAAGUAUAUGGUACGUUUUUAA